CAAACAAACAAAAAAUCUGUAUUUCCAAGAAUAGCAGGAAUAGAACAGUACCCUGGUAUGAUGUUUGACAGGGUUUACAGUGUGAUGUGCCUUUUACUCAUCCCUGUAUGUGUGAGGGAGUAAGAGAGCGAGCAGAAUGAGAGAGUGUAAUAGGUAGUGCACUAGCUAGAGAGAGAGAGGGAGAGCUGGUGUGUGGAGGUCUGUGGGAGUGAGAGAGAAAGUGGAGUGUUGCGCUGCAUCGCUCUCAGUUCCCUGUUGGAGCGUUGGAGCGCAAGGAGCUGCCCUGCUGAGAGACACACAAACAAGAGGAAGCUGAAGAAAGAAGAGCUAGAACAUUCCAGAACAGAGGGAUUUUGGGGGCUACAUGAAAGAGCGAGCGGCGAAAGCCAAGGGAACUGGGGCAUAAGCACAUUAGUGACUGGUUUUAAUGUUAUCAGUGCGGGGCCAGACAGAGCCAGCAGGGGAAAGAGUGAGGAGAGAGAGGAGUGGAGCGCCUCAUCUUGGACUCUCUAACUCCCUCCUACCUCUCUGACCCCGUCUCUUCCUCCCCCCCCCCGACUCUCCACCGUCCCUCUUCAGUCAGAGCAGCACCUGGGUCGCUUCCACUUCGUGCUCCCAUUCACUCUCAUGUGGCUGUGAAUGCAACUCUGCUUGGAUAUUUCCCAAAGGAUCCUGCAGCGGAACAAGAGAAGCCCGCUGAUGGAAUGAGCUGGGGAUUCCUCUGAAGAGCUUUUCUUCUUCUGCUGGCGUUUGAUGAGCACUUUCUCUUCAACAAGACUUUUUUUUUUUGAUCCAUAGACAUGAGCCGCACUGAGAAGUGAGCAGAUGAAGAUAUAAGUCUCAAAUACUUCAAACCUCAGAGAUACUCAGUGGUCUCAGAACAGGGUGGAUUGUUCUCCCACUUUCCCUUGACCUAAGCUCAGACAUGCAGGUGUCUAUCGCCUGCACAGACCACAACCUGAAAAGGGGCAAUGGGGACCAUGGCAAGCAGAGUGCCACCAGCCCCAACGUGGUCAACCAGGCGAGAGCCAAAUUCCGAACUGUGGCCAUCAUCGCCCGCAGCUUCGGCUCCUUCACUCCUCGCCACAUCUCCCUCAAGGAGUCUACAGGGAAACACACGGGCAUGAAAUACAGGAACCUUGGCAAGUCUGGACUCAGAGUUUCCUGCUUAGGACUGGGAACAUGGGUGACAUUUGGUGGCCAGAUAACUGACGAGGUGGCGGAGCAGCUGAUGACUAUCGCCUACGAGAGUGGAGUCAACCUGUUUGACACAGCGGAGGUCUACGCCGGCGGCAGAGCCGAAGUCAUUUUGGGAAAUAUAAUCAAGAAGAAGUGCUGGAGGAGGUCCAGCUUGGUCAUCACAACCAAACUCUACUGGGGAGGAAAAGCGGAGACAGAGAGAGGACUGUCCAGGAAACACAUCAUCGAAGGUCUCCGAGGCUCUCUGCAGCGGCUGCAGCUGGACUAUGUGGACGUGGUGUUUGCCAACCGCCCGGACAGCAACACGCCCAUGGAGGAGAUUGUUCGGGCCAUGACCUACGUCAUCAACCAGGGCAUGGCCAUGUACUGGGGGACGUCACGGUGGACGGCUAUGGAGAUCAUGGAGGCGUAUUCAGUGGCCCGGCAGUUUAACCUCAUCCCUCCGGUGUGUGAGCAGGCCGAGUAUCACCUCUUCCAGAGGGAGAAAGUGGAAGUGCAGCUGCCGGAACUUUACCACAAGAUCGGCGUCGGCGCCAUGACCUGGUCCCCGCUGGCCUGUGGCAUCAUCACGGGGAAAUACGAGGAUGGGAUUCCGGAAUCUUCCAGGGCGUCCAUGAAGUCGUACCAGUGGCUGAAGGAGAAGAUCGUGAGCGAGGAUGGAAGGAAGCAGCAGGCCAAGCUGAAGGAGCUCAACCACAUUGCAGAGAAGGUGGGCUGCACGCUGCCCCAGCUGGCUGUGGCCUGGUGCUUGAGGAACGAGGGCGUGAGUUCUGUUCUGCUGGGAACGUCCAACCCUGAGCAGCUGACCGAGAACCUCGGAGCCAUACAGGUUCUUCCCAAGAUGACGUCUCACGUGGUGUCCGACAUUGACCACAUCCUGGGGAACCGGCCGUACAGUAAGAAGGACUACCGAUCCUAGAGAAGCCUGCUCCCGCCUGACCUCGGACCGCACUCCCUGAUCAACCCAACCCGACCACUGCAUUCACACCACGGACCCUGAGGCCGCUCAGCCUCCUGACGCCGCAUGUGCACACCGGGACUUCUGACGGGGCCUCUAUGACCCCAGAGCUUUGGAUCCGAACCGGUCAUUUUAGGCCACCCGCUGAGCUCUGAAAAUAAACGCACUGUUUGGUGAGGCCUCCUCAGCCCAUCACCAGUGUCCGCGUCGCCCUGAGAAGAAGCAGGAGUUUCCAACUGACAAGUGAAAAACCAAUACAAGAGCUCCCCAAACAGCUUGGCUCAAAGAUCCGUGCACAAUCACCGUCACGAUCAAAUGUGCCGUGACAUUGAAAGAGACAAAUAUAUAUCUAUAUAUUUAUGUAUUUAUUGUCAGUGUGUUGAGCGUAGAAUGAGAUCCUGUCACAUAUAGACCGAAGAAUAGCUGUAGAAGAAACAUUGGGAAGCAGAUUUAAUACAAAACAGUCAUCCACAAUUUAUAUUUUUGAGAUACCGACUAUACCAAAAGAUGUGAUGAAGAAUUCCAUGUGAAAUGUGAGCAGAUCAGUAUUGUCAUGUCAUGCUCAUUAAUGAUACCAUUGUUUUCAUCCAACAGCACUGAAAGACGAUGCUUUUAAAAUACUUCAAUACUGUGGUAUACACCUGCCCCCUCCCCCCAAAAAUUAAAAAAAUUAAAGUCGAUGUCAGAACAUUGAAAAGGUAGAGAAAUCUCACUCGCCAUUCUAAAAAAAUCCUGUCCAGCUGUGUUUGAUUUCUUGACUCCAUGACAAGAUCUUAGUGAGGAAGGUGGUUCGGUCCAGCAGCUGCUCUGACCACAGGGUCACUGCAAGUGCCUUGCUCAUGGGCACCUCUGCCACUCCGCCUCCCAGCUGCCGCGCGCCUCGAGUGUCCGUGAAGAAUCGGGGUGCAUGGCGCCCCCUGCAGGCUCACCCCCCACACUGUGCCUGACGGAGCCCUUCCCGCUCGGCCUCUGUUGUCGGGGAGGACCAGCGCGUGACGGUCUCCGAGUCGAGACUGAUUCAGGACACGAUCCCUCGGCCAGAGAGCGCUGACUCACGGGUUCCGUGAUGUGCGUCGUCACGGCGAGAGUGACACGUUUCACUGACCUCCGUGGACUCUGACGUGGACUGUCUGUCUGCUGAGGUGGGUUCGACACUUCACCAUCUGACUCCGCUGUCAUGCUCUGCUCAGAAUAAACCUUCUGUCCCACCCAUGACAUUCCGUCAAACCUCCGUCAGUGCCACAUCCAGAUGUUGGGGUCUUGCCUGCCUUACUCUGUGUGAAAGUCAUGUUCUGCUGAGUACUGUUCUCUCACAAGGAGUUAAAGCAUACAUUCAACAACGUUGUUUUCAACUGCUGCACGUCACCUUGACAUCUUUCACCUGGACCCAAGCCUGCGCUCUGUUCCCGCCCCAGAUGUCACGUUUGAUUUGUAUCACUGGAGUCACACUCACAGACUCAUGGAGCGCAGAUGAUGGGAGGGAAACUUCACUCCCCACAGCUGCUCCUGUACUUGUGUCUUUGUGAGGACCUGUAUGUGUUUUUAACAGAGCGAGCUCCUCACUUUGUGGGUCACCGUCACUGGGCUCCAGUUUGGUUCAGUUGAGCGUGUGGAGUCUUCCAGAGACGUCUGGCUCCUCCUCCUGCUGCUGCUGAGCCCAGUUCAAAGGAUUCUCUCUCUCCACCAACAUCUCUAGAUGCUUUGGUCCCUGGCCAUGGUCUGGACCUUAACCCCGAGGAGCCGGACACAGAGGGACGUCAUGGUGGUUUUUAUUGAUACAAAAGAGAGCACAACACAAAAGACCUGGAGCAAAAGUCCCCAGACAUUUGUUCAUGAAUUUCAUGAAUUUGAAACGUGAGCCCACGGCCCUCCCUCCCUUCUUUCCUUUCACGGGGCCCUUCACUUGGAGCCCGUGGACAGCAGCGCGAUGAGUCCCGAGGAGGCGCCGAUGGACAGGAUGUAGUUUCUGUGGGGAGCGCUGAGGAACAUGUUCACAUACAUGUGAGAGGCUGCUCAGCUUCACGACUGGGACAGAAAGGAUACACCGUGGGGUUGAAGUUCUUCAGCAGGAAGAAGGAGGCCACGAUGACCAGCACCAGGAACAGGGUGUUGUUGUAGAAGAUGGAGAAGGUGGUGGCUUCGUAAUCGGCCACCUCGUUCUUCUUCCACAGGAUCCUGAGGAGCACAGACAUCAGAGGUCAGACUGCGCGUGAGACAGGAGCAUCGCGGCGCCCUCGACAGACAGAUGGCCCGGCACCUCUCGUCCUUCUCCUUGCGCGACAUCUUGCGGUUGUCGGCCUCCGACAGCUUCCUCGUCACCUCCUUGGAGACGGCGUCCUCGCGCUUCUGGGCGACUCUGCACAGAGCACGGGUCCGGUUCAUUGGAGAGGAACACACACAGUGAGAGAGAGAGAGCCCGGCUCCACACUCGACUCGGUCUGGAGCCAAGCACCCGAGCAGGAAGCCAGUGACUCACUUGUGCUUGAGGACAAACUUGACGUUCUUGUAGGCGAAGGCCACCAGGUAGGUGCUGAGCAGCGUCAUGACCGCGUACAGGAGCGCCGACUGGACCAGGUCCAUGUGCCAGAUCCUCCAGAAGAGCCCUGCAGUUAGCACGCCGUUAGCACGGCGCUAGCGCGGCUCGCUCGCGGCGCACGACAGAGACCGAGAGAGAGAGGGGCCUCGACUGAGACGCGGGGCCACGGUCGGCUCCCGAGCGCGCGCCAGAUGGUCAGAGCGUCUUCAUGACGGAGGCAGAGUUUGUGGUGUGUGCGUGUGUGUGGAG